GAUAAUUUAAAUACAUAUCACGGAAAAUGUUAAUAGACUGUCUCCUCUCAAGAUAUUGGAAUAUUUGAAGCUUAAAAAGCAAUGUCACAGCAGUAUCCGAAUCACCAGAAAUAUGUUUUCACGAGAUAUGUCCCACAAAGCACAAACCAAUCAUUGGUAACAAUCGUUCCGAACAGAAUGCAGCAACAACAAUGUGACAGAAGCAGACCGCCCAUCUAUGUACAAGGGCAGCCACACUGGGUUGUUCAGCAACAAACGACAAAUACAAGCCCAACAAAAUACGUGCGGUAUUUUACAGAUAUUCCAUCUCAUGUUGUCUCACCAUCACAGCGAAGAUGUCACCCACUAAACAAAUGCAUAUCGAUACCAAUGUGGUCGCACGUCAGAGCUGUGCCGCUGUCCUUCUUUGAGCCACAGCGGAACGCAUCAGAUGCGAAAAGCAGAACCAAUUGCCGACCACAAAAUAAAGGUUACUCUCGGUUACGGAAGGAUAUCAUUAAUAAAAAGCCCAUUCGCCAUCAUAAUCGAGUUUCAAAAUCUUCUGAGGAAAACGCUGAUCUAAGUUGGUUUUUCGACCCCAAGAAGAAAAAACGGGACAUCGUGUCGUCAUGGUUUGAUGACGUCAGUGAUAGUGACGUAGAAGAAACAUGUGAACCCAAUACCGACGAAAAAAGGCGAGUACCUAUAUUUUACUCAGAUUAA